AGAAGAAUUUCAUUAAAUAAUGUACAUAGAGAAAUGAACCAGUAAUAUAAAUCACUUCUACAGGAAAGACUAAUAUUUUCUUUCUUUUUCGGUGUUGUAAAAAAUUCUUUACUUUUUUGAUAACGAAUAAGGAAGUGGAUUUCAAUAUCAAAAACCAAAAUAAUGAAACGGAUGUUGAUAAUGACAGAAGGGAUAUCGUUGGUCACGAAAAAAACAUCAAAUCAGUCGUGAACAAGUUGUCCAUGCUAUUAGUUUGGUAGCCAACAACGAACGUUUUUCUUCUUUACUUGACUGAAGAAAAAAAUAUUUUCUUAGAAAGAUUUUUAAUUGAGGUUCAUUUAAUACUAUAAACGUUUUAUCAAAUAAAAUUAUAAAAAAAGGAAGCUACAUAUUCUUAUAAUAAUACAACAUGAGGAACAAAAUACAUGUGUCACCUGUAAUUAAGAUUGCAACUGUUAUAUUGGUUCUCCUUAAUGUCGACGUUUCCUUUCAACAAUGGUAUCAGCGUCCCCUUCCAGCCAAUGAUAACUACGAAAGUCCCGAUGAUCAAUUUUCGGUUCUUGACAGCAAUGAUAACCCGAGGGACCGGUCAAAUUGGUUCAAUCAAAAAUAUUCAAGCAGAACAACACAGUAUCUUAGCAGCAAUACAAAGCAAAAUGAAAAUGACGCGAUGCAGAACGACAAUAUUUUCUUCCCGGGACAAAAUGUACAAGCACCUAGAAAUCGCUUUGAAACAAUAUCCCCUUGCCAUGGGGAAACGUUUUGCGAGGACGAUACGGAUUAUCCCACGGAUAUCGUGAACAGAAUAAUCGAAAAUCAUCAAGAACUUCAAAGUUACCAAAUCGAUGACACAUUUGAGUUUAUUCGUGGAAAGUCAAGCGGUCCUGAAACAAUACAACUAUGUCCGUCUAUCUCGAAACCCAAUUAUCCAAAGAAAGCGAAAUCGUUAACAGGCGAAUGGAUGUACAUCAUAAACACCUCUAAUUUUACGCAGGGAAUGUGGACAGAAACUUGCGUAGAACAGGGAAAAGCAUGCGGUUUAGACAGUACCAGCAUCCCCUACGGUUAUGUUACUUCCUGUAAACAAACUUACGUAACUCGUAUACUUAUGGCAUUGGACAAAAGUAAUCAGCCUGUUCCUCAGUCAUUUAAAUUUCCAACAAAUUGUUGUUGCCAUGUUGAGGUCGCCCUUGAUGGUACAAUUGCCGGUUGAGGAUGUAAAAGAAAUUGAUCAUAAAUACAAAAUAACCCUCGAACUAAAUCUACGAAAUAUAUACAAAGAAAUUUGAUUAACUUUUUAAUUUUUUAAUUUUUUAAUGAAUAGGUUUCAUACAUUGGGAAAGGAAUAGUGUACAGUUUUUAGAAUGGAAAUACUGUAGAGUAAGCCUGGGUGACUUGAGGCGCGCGCGCUGCAUGUGGCUUUUGUCCCCACUCCUCGGCGACCCCCGUCAUGCACAUGCGCGGCGCAGCUGCACAGGAGUGAGGAGUUAGUGAUAGGGGAACCGAUAGAUCAGGACAGCAGUAGUAUAAGGACAGUAGGGACGAUGUUGCCCAAGCCUGCUGUGGGGUAUCGUCAUAUCAUAUUAUAACGCAGAAACAUGUCCGUGAGUGACGCUGAGACGUUGUACGCAUGCUCGAAAACAAGGCAGAAAAAUAUUAUAUGUGCACUCGUACAAUGAUAGUAUAGUAAAACCCUUAUUAAGGGACACUUUUUAAGGGAUACAUAAAAACUAAUUACGUCAUCAUUGUGGGUGCUUCGACUACUUUUGCUUUGAUUACUUUCUUUGUAAAAAUUUACUGCGCAUGUAUAUUUCUUACGGUUUAGGACUGCGGAGGGGGUCAAGGUUUUCAUGAGAUAAUCGCGGAUCCUGCGCAACAAAUUUUCCAACAAAUCAAAUUGAUGCAUUUUUACAACACAAUGUAGUUUACAACGAAGUUUUUAAUUAAAAGUUUCAUUUGGUUUAAUAUCAUGGAAUUGGAGCUUGGGGUGGAUGGUGGGCAAAGUCAAAUUUAUAUUUUAACUGAUUCAUAUUAUAACUGAUUAAUUCCCCAUGCAUAGCACGGGGCGUACCACUAGUAAUAUUAAAUUCAAACUGUUUCUGUCUGAAUGGUUCGUCUUUCGUCACUACAUAUACAUAUAAUUAUGUUUUUAAUAUUCUCAAUUAUCCAUCUAUUUCUUCUGUUACCAUUGCAAUUCUCAGAACAAUAACUUGAAAAUUGUAUUUAAUUCUUUUUUUAGAAUUAUAAUAAAAAUUUUUUGCUGUGGAAUUUAAUUAAUUAUAAUUAUGAAAUAAUAUCGAUACAAAUACAAACCCAUCGUUCUUUCUGGUGCACUAUACCACGAUAGCACGUUGAUUAACGCGUUAAUAGGGAACAAUGGUUAUUUUAUACUUCAAUUUCACAAGGACAGAUGGUAAUUUAAUCGAACAUUUGUUUUGCUUUAUGUACGUGUUAGGUUUUUUAACGAGUGAUAUGAAUAACAGGUGUCACACACACAGUCGCGUACAUCAAUAUGUUAGUUAACCGUGAAAAAUUGAUAAGCAUUUUAUCGAAAAUACGAUUCGCAAACAAUUGAAGAUACAAAUGUUUAAAACCAUUAAACUCUGUAUACAUACUAACGUAAGAGAUUUCUUCAGAUCGUCCGAUUGAGGUUUCAAAGUUAGCUCUCUUUUCUAAAUUGAAUCCCAUAAUUUUUUAUUCCGUGAUUAUUCUGCAAUUGAAUCAAAUUAUCAUAAAAAAAUAA